UCAUGGUUUGGACGCCAUAGGCAAAAGGUCGGUUAAAUUAACAGAUCUCAUCUCUUCGAGUUAGGGUUUAGUGCUUAUCGUCUUCCAUUCAAUUGCUUUGAUAUUUUCCCCAAUUCAUAAUCGCUCUCAAGAAUUUUUAGUGUGUGGGGGGUUUCGCCAUGGAGAUACAGACAUGUGGUAAGCCGAUUGAUUCGUUGUUGGAGAAGGUGCUUUGUAUGAAUAUACUAUCAUCUGAUUAUUUCAAAGAGCUUUACCGAUUAAAGACUUACCAUGAAGUUAUUGAUGAAAUUUACAAUCAAGUUGAUCAUGUUGAGCCAUGGAUGUCCGGGAACUGUCGUGGUCCUUCUACUGCAUUCUGCCUUCUUUACAAGUUUUUCACCAUGAAACUUACUGUCAAGCAAAUGCAUGGGCUACUGAAGCACCCUGAUUCUCCUUACAUUAGAGCAAUUGGAUUCCUCUACUUGAGGUAUGCUGGCGAUCCAAAGAUUUUAUGGACUUGGUUUGAGCCAUACAUUAAAGAUGAAGAGGAAUUCUCCCCUGGCUCUAGUGGACGAACGACCACCAUGGGGGUAUACGUGCGAGAUUUGCUUCUUGGCCAGUACUACUUUGAUACUCUUUUCCCUCGAAUCCCUGUUCCCGUGUUGCGUCAGGUUGUAUCCAAUCUUGAGAAGAUGAAGCUGCCUACAAAAAUUUCUGGUUCAACCGGAGAUAAUAGUCGUCAUGGAUCUGAUGACACUGCUCGCCGGCCGCCUUCUGUAAAAGCUGCACUUUCGGUCUCUUUUGGUCAGCGUGCCCCCCAUCGGGCAUCAACCAGGGACUCUUCUCCCGUGCGUCGCACUCUACCACCACCACCUUAUGACAGAUCCAAUGGUGAUGAUGUUAGAAGAUCUCCCAGCCACCGUCGCAGCCAAAGCCGUGAUAGGGAAUUUUCUGACGAAAAGGAUAGGGAAAGGGAAAGAGAGAGGGGCAGGGACCAAGGCCGGAGUCGGGAUCGUGACCAUGAUAGACAACGAGAUAGAAGCAGGGGCCGAGAUCGUGACUGUGAUCGUAAUAGAGAAAGGGACAGGGAUGGGGAACAAAGGCAUGAUUAUGAUCGAAGGUCAAGGUACACGGAUAAACGGGAUAUUGAUGACAGUAGACGUUGCAGGAGCAGAAGCCGGGACAUCGAUGACAGUAGGCGUUACAGGAGCAGAAGCCGGGACAUUGAUGACAGUGGGCGUUACAGGAGCAGAAGCCGGGACAUCGAUGAGAGUAGGCGUUACAGGAGCACAAACCGAAGUCCCAGCAUGAGCGGAAACAGGAGCAGAAGUCAGAGUGAGCAAGGCGGCACCAGUCACUAUGAUCCACCACAAAAGGAGGGAAGCAAGGCAUCCAGUAACUUGGCGAAGCUGAAGGAUCUUUACGGUGACACAAAGGGAGAUGCCGGCGGUGGCUAUGAAAGGGCAGCAAACAGGGACAGCAGUGGAGAAGAGGUGAUUAGACUAGGUGGUUCUUCUUGGAGGUAGUGCAUUUGCAUGCAUGCACCAAACCAAUUCAGCCCCCCAAAAAACACAUUUUGUUUCUGGACAUUGUGCUAUGCCUUGGCUAGGAUGGAUGGAGUGAUGGUCUCGUCAUUACUUGACGAGUGGCAUAUCAUGUAUACU